CAUCCCAUUACCUCAGAAAUCAGUGAUACAAAAAAUAAUAAAUAAUAAAGUUGGCUGUUGAGCCAUGACAUGCAAUAGUUGCCUCUUUCACUGCUUGGUGAGAGGAGAAAUAAACGUAAAAAGAAAAUGGAUUUGCUGUUGAGUGAACUAGCUUUUUACAUUCCAUAUACCCUGGCAAUAUUUCCGUGGAAUACAAUCUAGUUUUUCUCAUAUUUAUGUAUUUUUAGCCAUCGUUUUGAACGUUACCAUGAACGUAUUCUCUCAACGAAUGUUAAUAGUUCACCAUAAAUUGCUAUACGAUCAACCUUCAAUUUAUUAAACAAAUUACCUACAAACAAAUUGAAGCAACACUAGUUUUUAUGAGAUGACGCGCAUUGCGAUUUUGCACUUUUAUACCUGUCGAGAUAUUAACGGACGUAUUACCAGGAACCAUUAGAAGCUUAAAGCUUAAAGGAUUAUCCCUACAAACCCCCAACAACCAUAGGUCCUACCCCCAAAGGUGUUUCAGAACCAUGGUUGAGUUAUACGUGCCAAAAACAGUGAACCUUUAGGCAGUUGUUUGUUGAAGAAAUGUAUCUAGCGCAAAAAGGGAGAUGUUUCGGUGUGGUUGUGUUGUAGUUUUGUGGUUUUUGCUAUUUUCUGGAACUGGGGACGCAGGCAGAAUGCUGAUCAGUCUUCCAUCUGUCAAAUGCGAUUCUGCGAUUGGUGAGGUCUGCAUAGAAAUAAGAAAAUGCCCAUAUUUUGAUGACCUGCUCAAUCGAAGUACGAUACCAAGACCUCGUGGCGUCAUAAAAAUAAUUCGAGAGAACCAGUGCGGAUUCUAUGGAAGCAUACCAUUUGUUUGCUGUAGCAGAUUUGCAGCACCUCCCCCUCCAACGUUACCCCCUCUCCCCUCCCCAACACGUUCAAUGCUCCUUGCCGAAUCAUCAUCAACUCGAAGGCCUAUUUCGCAUAUCCUGAGUAGAUUCACCACGCUGACGGCACAUCGAAAUUAUGGACAGCUAAGGAACGAUAUUUGCGGGAGUAUCCAGACGAAUACCAGGAUCACGGGAGGGAAAAAGACUGCUAUCAAUGAGUUUCCUUGGAUGGCACUAUUAGCGUAUUAUCAAGAUGGUGUUUUGGAUUUUCGCUGUGGAGGUGCAGUCAUCAACGAAUGGUACAUUUUGACAGCUGCCCAUUGCAUUGUAAAUUCAACCAUAGUAGGAGUUCGUCUAGGAGAACACAACCUGAACUCAGAUAAAGACUGCGAUCCUAACAGUCACUAUUGCGCACCUCCAACACAAGAUUUCUACAUUGAGAAAGUGAUAGGCCAUCCAGGAUACAACACCAAAACUUUGAUGAAUGACAUAGCUCUCGUCAAGUUAGCCAUGCCAGCAAACUUCGGCUACGCUAAUGUCCAACCAAUCUGCCUGCCGAUUGAAGAUAUGGAGCUCUCUGGGAAAUUUGUUAUUGUUACAGGAUGGGGAAUUACAGAAGAUGGUUUCAAGAGCCCCGAACUCCUGAAGACCUCAAUACCAAUUCUCCCUAUCGAGGAGUGUCGCCACAUCUACAGGCACUUUGCCCCAGUCAAAGAGGCCCAAAUCUGUGCGGGAGGAUACGCAGGCCGAGACAGCUGCGGAGGAGACAGUGGGGGGCCCAUGAACUAUGUAGGACUGGUAGAUGGGACACCUAGGUUCGUCCAGUACGGAAUAGUGUCUUAUGGGCCUAGGCAAUGCGGGACUGAUGGGCAGCCUGCUAUCUACACCAAAGUUGCGCAGUAUCUAGAGUGGAUUCUAGAUAAUUUGGAACCUGGUGUAGUUAGACAUUUAUGAAGAUCAGAGCGCCGAGGCUAUUAAAAUACGUGAUAUGCUCCUCCGGUCCCCCGAAGUUUGGCAUUUAUGAGACUAGCGCAGCAUCUUGAGUGGAGUGAGGGUGUGGUUCAAUAAAAACAAUGCGGUACCCAUGAACUAUGUAGGACUGGUAGAUGGAACCCCUGGCUUCGUCCAGUACGGGAUAGUGUCUUAUCGACCUAGGCAAUGCGGGACUGAUGGGCAGCCUGCUAUCUACACGAAAGUUGCGCAGUAUCUAGAGUGGAUUCUAGAUAAUUUGGAAUCUGGUGUAGUUAGGCAUUUAUGAAGACCGGAGCGCCGAGGCUAUUAAAAUACGUGAUAUGCUCCUCCGGUCCCCCAAAGUUUGGCAUUUAUGAGACUAGCGCAGCAUCUUGACUGGAGUGAGGAUGUGGUUCAACAAAAACAACGCGGUACCCAUGAACUAUGUUUGAAUGAUAUAUCUGACCUCUAAGUACGUCCAGUGUAGGAACCAGGUGAAGUUGAAAACGCAUGUGGAUAUUAACCUUCAGAUUCGUCCAAAACGUGAUAUAUUCCUAUGGUCAAAGACAGUAUAAGGAAACUAUCAUCUAUGAGAGUAGUGCAGUAUCUUUAGUAUACAGUAUAUUUUGGACAAUUUGCAACUUGAUGAAGUUGUCGUUAAAUGAAAACAAUAUUGGUGUCUAAAUUUUUUUAUUUCACUUGAAUGUAGAAUCAGUCUAGAACGAUUCAAGAUUUCUGAAUUCUUGUACGACAUCAGAAAUGGUUGCGUCAGUUGCAAUGCCAACAGAAAUAGGCUUUAGAAUCGCAAAAUAGUAUCCAGCAGAUCUUUUCAAAUAGGCAUUUGAAAUUUUUUCUCUCACUAUGGCAUCGAUCUCACAUGUCAACACAAGUUUUUUCGCAUGCCGCCGAGGAGAUUUUCUUACUAUAAAUCUAGAAAACAAACAUUUUUGAGCAAAUAGAAAAAAAUAAUGAAAAUAAGUUAUUACAAAAUUCAUUAUUGCCAUCUUAAAGGAAAAAAUCAGUUCAACUUGAUAAAAAUAACACGAUUUAAUCCAAAAAAUCUGAUUCUUUGCAAUUUUGGAUUUUGGUUUGGGACCCUAUACAAUAACUAUCUAAAACUGUAAUGACUCAUCGAUGUUCACGUGAACAUCACUUAACUACCAGUAGUCGGCUGUUCAUAGGCGGGGUAUGAAUGUUUAACAUGGGUGAACUAGAUUUGUCACAUGCUUAAUAAAGAGUGGUUUGAAACAUAUUGUAAGUCACAAAUUUGGGAAUUACCUUUAUUCAUCAUCACUUCCACUUACAUCUGACAGUAAUAAACUGUCGCUAUCGCUUUCCUCGUUGAAAUUGACUAUAACUGGCUCUAUGAUGGUGUCGAUGUGGUGGUCAAGCUGCCACAUUUUUGUUUCUUCCUUCACAACAUGACGGAUAGCAUUCUGCCAAGCUUCGGGCGUUACUAGCUGUAUGGAAGUCUCAAGUAAAACCUUAACGUCUGGUAAUUUGAAGGUUGUGUUAUGGCGCGCAAUAUAACCCUUCACUUGAGCCCAGAUGAGCUCUAUUGGGUUCAGUUCACAGUGGUAGGGCAGUAACCGCAGCACAGUGACACCACAUUGACGGGCCAUCUCAUCAGUCACGUAACUAAUGUUCGCAGGUUUGUGCUGUUUAAUUUUUUCAUACAAUUCCGCUUUCACACAUGAAUGGUCAAACGGGAUUCCUUUUUCGCGCAACCAUUGCUGCAUGUCACUUUUUCGAGAUCCCAUAGUCGGUACACGUUCGGCUCGACGACUAUGGUAGGAAGCAUUAUCCAUGAGGAUCACAGAGUUGGGCUCAACUCGCUGAAGCACCCCUUGAAACCAGCUCUCGAAGCAGCUGGCAUUUAUUUCGUCAUGGUAAUCACCUCCUUUCUUAGAGACGAAAAUCAAGUCACACUCUUCUAAAAAGCCACUAUCGCUACCAAUAUGAGUUACGAUCAGUCUUUGACCUUUCCCUGACGGUCCACGAAGACCUGUUGACAAACCUUCAAUGCUUGCUUGUCGGUUACUCACUACGUUUUUGUCUAUCCAGGUUUUUUUAACUGUGUGACCUGCAUUUACCCAUGUCUCGUCCAAAUAAUAGAUUUUUCUGCUUUGUCGCCUAUAUUCAAUCAUUUCGCGUAGGUAUUUUCGACGCCAGGCGACUAUUUCAGGUCUCUCUAUCAAUAAUGACUUCCGAUUACGCGUUUCGUAACGAAAAUUAAUUUCGUGCAGGGAUUUCCUCAUUACCUCGACGCUCAUUUGGGGUAUAAUUUCAUUUUCCUUGAUCGCUGCAUGUACAGCCUUGAGGGUUGGUAUCUCAUUCCUAAAGAAGAAUGAAUGUACGGUUCGCCUUAAUGCCAUUUUGCUAUCGCCAUCCAAUUUAACGGCCUUUCGUCACUUCAAAUUAAACUUUGGAUCAGUAGUAGCUCCAGUUUUCUUCUUUUCAUGCACCACCCUGCGAAUGGUCCACUCUGGAACGCCUGUCAUACUUUCACAACGCGCGAGUGCAUCUCCCUGCGACAUAGUUCUGUUUAGAUAAUUGAGCACGUUGAGCACGAUUUCUUUCGCGUCCCUCUUCAGUGCUUUACGAAGCCAUCUACUUGUUCCCUGGCUUUCAGUACUUCCAUUCGUGCCAUUUGUACUCUCCAUGGUUAAGUAUAACCAAAACAGUAACCACAGAAACCACAACAAUAACAAUCACACAACAAUUCUUAUAAAAACACACAAUAUGCGAUCGCUCUACGAAACACGUUCCAAUGCGUUGCCGACGCCUAUGAGUCUGCCGGUCGAGGCGCGUCUUUGAUUUCAUUGGUUCUACCGGCGGAGAACAAUCAGCCAUUAUUUCCAUCUCUGUCUGUGCUGUUGACCACCGCAAAGCCACAGAAACGACAUAUGUCGUACGCUAUACGGUUGUACUGGAAGGAAGCCGGGAUCGAGCUCUGAUCACGUGUUGAUCACGCGUAUGAAUCAUUACAGUUUUAAAUAGUUGUAGUAUAGUGAAGUUAGGAACUCAUGAAGAUCGGAACCCUGAUGUUCGUCCAAUACGUGAUAUUCUCCUAUAGAUCGAGAUGCCCUAGCAAUCUUACCAAAGUCCACUACUAUACACACAAUUCUUGGCAUAGGCAAUGCAUGUUUCGUCUAUCAAAAGGACUCGUCUGUAUAGCAGUGUACCAGUGGUAUACUGACCAAGUCAAUAAAGUCUUGUUUUCUGAAAUAAAUUAAAUAGUAUGUCCUGAACUGGCUAUAGUCGAACUACCUGUUGUGAAUUUAGGGAUCAUCUCAAAUUGUUGGGUCUAGUACUAUUUUUAGAAACAAUACAGUGCUAAUUUCAAUUGAGAUCAUUGAAUACCCAUAGUCCACUUCUCUCAUAAAUGAUUCUGAGUUAGAGUUAAUCUAUUUUCAAUAGCUGGACGUUAAUAGGUAAAUAUAUAUCUUAGACAUUUUGUUUACUGUAAUUUACUGUAAAUGUACUGGUAAUUAAUUUUAUAAUGUGAACUCGUUUUGUAAAUAGGAAAUAAACAAAUAUUGUACAAAGUU